AUGCAGUCAAAUGUCGAGCGUUCUGAAACUGGAGGGCGAGUGAGCUAUUCCAGAGCUGAAAUUUUAGCUCUUUAUGACUUCGGGAAGUCCAUUCCUCUACAGGAUGAUGUGAUUAAAAAAUCUCAAACUGGGACCCGUGCAUCUCGAUCUAAACCCAAAGAAAAAAGACUAGUUAUUCACAGUCAAGCGAUGGAGACGCCCAAAAAACUCAUGGUAGUAGUGGCGAGGAUCUAA